ACGCUGGCCAUGGGCCUCCAGGGUCUCUGCUGCAGGCCCCCGAGGCGGACGGCCCUGGCCGAGGGGGCUCCCGAGGUGCGCCACGCCGGCCCGCCCGUCUUCUCCAGGGUGAACGGCUGGAGCCGGCCCAUCCACCCCCUGCAGCUGGUGCACUGGGCCGCCUUCCUGUUCGUGGGGGCGGUCACCUUUGGGACCUUCCUUCCCCUGCUGCCCGGAGGCUGGAAGGUCUUCGGCUACUCUGCGGCCGGCGGGCUGUUCCUCCUGCACCUGGUGUCCUACCUGGCGGCCGUGUCCCUCGACCCCGCGGAUCCCAGCGUCAGGGUGGGGAAGGACUACGCGCAGCCCAUGCCCUUCUUCAACAGGGCCGGGCACCCCCACGUCAUCGACAACCAGUACUGCCUGCUGUGCGAGGUCGCCGUGAGCCCGAAAGCCAAACACUGCAGCGCCUGCAACAAGUGCAUCGCGGGCUUCGACCAUCACUGCAAGUGGCUGAACAACUGCGUCGGGAGCCGGAACUACUGGUCCUUCUUUAUCUCGGUGGCCUCGGCCUUUGCCUGCCUGCUGGGCCUGGCCCUGGUGAUCCUGUACACCAUCAUCCAGUACUUGGUUGACCCCAGCCCCCUGCGCACGGACGCCCACUACGCAGGUGUUGACAGCAGCAUGUGGCUGCUGUUCCCCCAGCUGCUCCCCACGAAGAUGACAGGCAUGGUGCUGCUGACCAUCUCCGUGUCCAUGCUGCUGCUGGACUGCGUGGGCCUCCUGCUGCUCGGACACCUGUUCUUCUUCCACCUUUUCCUGAUGGUCAAGAGGAUGAGCACCUUUGAGUUCAUCACGCGGGGCCGCGAGAGGCAGACCCCGAAGGGCACCGGCAGGAACAAAGGCCCCCCCGACCCAAAGGGGCAGCCGCCGCAGCAAACAAAGAGCCCUCCACACUCGCCGGCCCCUGGAGGGAAGCCCCAGAAGUCCCGGGGGCCCUCCCGGCGCCCCAGCCAGAGUUCCUCCGGGGCUUUGCACUCCGGGGGCUCCUCGUCGCUGGAGGCGCUGUCGACCUUGCCCUCGGAGGACCUUGGCGGCCAGCUGUGCUCACCCCCCGCGCUCUCCUGCCCUGGCCCGGCCGCCGCCGUCCUGCGGGGUGCCCCCCCGGGAUUCGGGCGACCGUGGCGGUUCCGGCCGGGCCCGAGCGCGGGUCGGCGGCCGCCGAGGGCCCGUGUGGCCAGGCACGACCGCGCCCGCGGGUCCGUCGAGCUGGGCGACCUGGCGGCAGCGCCUGGAGCGGGCCUGCGGCGCCCUCGGGGCUCCAAGCUGACCCUGCGCGCGCACAGCGCCCCCGCGCUGCCGGUCGCAGAGAGUCGCCACCGAGAGGCAACAUGUCCUGCAGGAGGAGGCAGGGCUGGACACCAGGACUCGGCUCCAGGAACCCAGGGGCCCCAGCUGGCGCUGUCCCUCUCCCAGAAGCUCUGCCAGGCUCUGCCGGAGAGGCUGGGGCAGCUGUUGCAGCACCACAGCCAGAAGGUUCUGCCCCUGAGGCCCCCGGACACCCCGCCAGGGAGCCCCGGCGCGGAGUCCACCACCAUCUACAUAAUGGAGGAGUCGGAGUCCUCGUCCGGGGAGUUGUCGGGGGAGGAGUCGGGCCUCCAGGAGACGCACCCUCUCCAGCACAAACUGCCACAGCCUUCCAAGGAGGCAGCCGUGUGCAUCCCUGCGCCGAACCGCCAGGCCGCUGCGGACCCAUCUGCUCAGGGGGACACCGUGAUCGACAUGGCCUGGGCCCUGGGCCCUGCGGACAAGGUGGCGCCCCCUCGGCGGCAGCCAUUCGGCCUGGAGCGGCUGCUCUGCUGCAGCCCUUGACGGGCGGCCCCUGCGCAGCCCACCCUGGCCCUAGGUGACUGUGGGUGUGGACAUCGGAGCCGAGGACAAUUCGGGUGGUGGAAGUUCGGGGAUGGCCUGGGGCCUGCUUUCUGGAUCACUGGGCGCCGCACUGGAGCCGCCGGCCCGUCUCUGCCUCACAG